GCGCGCGGCGCCGCAGUGCGGGCAGGGAGAGCUGCGCUCACCUGGGAUCCCGCCUGAGAUCCCGCCUGGAAUCCCGCCGGAGAUUCCCUCCUGAGCCCGGCUCCGAGCUCAGCUGAGCCAACCUUACCAUGGUUCGCUUCGGGCUGACCGUGGUGCGGCAUGGAGAAACAAGAUACAACAAAGACAAGAUACUACAAGGUCAAGGAGUGGAUGAGCCACUCUCUGCAACUGGUUUCAGACAAGCAGAUGCUGCUGGUGUAUUUCUCAGUAAUGUGAAGUUUACUCAUGUCUUUUCAAGUGACCUCCUUCGAGCAAAGCAGACUGCUACUGCCAUUCUAGGAAAGAAUAAGUUUUGCAGAGAUUUGGAAAUCAAGUAUGAUGCAAGACUGCGAGAGAGAAAAUAUGGUAUUGCAGAAGGAAGGCCCUUGGCUGACCUCAAAGCUAUGGCAAAGGAUGCUGGAGAGCAAUGUCCUUCAUUCACCCCCUCUGGAGGAGAAACACUGGAUGAAGUGAGAGAACGUGCAAGGGAUUUUUUUGAAUUCCUGUGCCAGCUAGCUGUUGGGUUGGAACAGAAAGAACCUGGUGCAUCCAGCAGAAGCUCAGGAACACCUAAAGAACAGUUUGUUUUCCCUUGGACAAACCACUGCAGUGAAGGAGAACCGAGUUCUGAGGGCAGUGGAUCCUCCAAAAUAUUAGAUGCCAAUAUACUGGUGGUGAGUCAUGGAGCAUACAUGAGAAAUUGGAUUGGUUAUUUUGUUUCAGAUCUCAACUGUACUUUGCCAGCAAAUUUAACCAAGUCCCAGUUGUCUUCUGUCAGUCCCAAUACAGGAGUCAGUCAUUUCAUUGUAAAACUUGAAAAUGGGAACCUGUCAAAACCUGAAAUCACGUGUGUUUGUCUUAACCAAGACUCUCACUUAGUGGAUGUGGGAGCUGAAUGUGUAGCUUCAAAAGUGUUUUAGCAGCCCCUGCAGGGAGGAGGUGGAUUUAGAUCAUCAUUUUGCUAAGCAUGGGAAAAGUACCUGUAGUAAUUACUGAGAUGGACUGGAGUUACUGACACUAAACUGCAAGUGCUUACCAUCCUAAAAAACCUCAAACUGCAUGGUCCUAGUGCCCAGCAUAAGUUUUCAGUAGCAAAAUAAAACAAAUAUUCUUUCUGAACAGAAACAUAACACUUCAGUCACUUACAUAUCUGCUCUUAUAGCACAUAAUUUGAAAAACUCUUGCUUUACUCUAUAAUUAUUUUUAUGACCUCCAUGUAAAAGAGUUGGGGAGGGGAGAGGAAUGGUACCUCAAAGAUGAGCUAUACUGUAUUGUUGUUUUAUUACAAAAUGCUAUAUUGUAAUAUCAAACAUACAUGUUGUCUUAAAAUAAAUUUUUGAAUGCAAUAGUAUAACCUAAAAAAGGAGCAUUGCCUAGUGGGAAAGGUUUGUUGCAGAGUCAGGGGAUGUGGCUCUGGCACUAAACAGCUGGGAGACUCUGGGAAAAUCUCCUUCCCAUUUGUAAAGUGGAAAUUCUGAUAUACCUACCUCGCCAGGAGUAUUUCCUGAGAAAUUGUUCAGGUUGUUGUCAUCUCUGUUGAAGAGCACUGUACACAAACAUAAAAUAUUUAUUUUUAAGCUGCAAGCAGGAAGAGGAACCUUAUGUGCACAUAGUUGGAAUAAUGGUCUCUCUUCUAAAAAGGAUCUUUAUCAAUAGGGGGAGUCGUACCCAACUAAAAUCCUUCUGUCAGUUCAGUCAUACACUUGAUUCUGUGAAUAUUUUUGCCUAGAAUUAGGCAAAUUUGAUUGCUUGGCAAUUUUUGAUGUUAAUACUGCAUUCUUUCCUCUCUGGGAUGUUUGUAGUGUUACUGUGUAAGCUUAUCUGGUUUCUGUUAUUUAUAAUAUCCAUGUAUUUUUUCUUCGUUUGCAUAUUUUAAGCCUGUUCAAAAAAAAAAACCACAAAACAAUUAAAGGUUCCUGAAUAGAA